GCGUUUGUGCGGUGUAACACUCAGAGCUUUUCAACGGGGUAAAAACAAGCGCGUGCUGAUGCACGGAUUCUUUCUCGCGACCGGAAGUUAGAUCGACUCAACGGAUCCGGGUUUAAACGCAAGCGUGUGUUUGUGCGGAGUAGCGCGGGUGUUAAUGUGGCGUUUCCGCAUGCGGAGCUUCAGACCGGAUCAGACAUCAGGACAUGAGAGGCUGAACCACACAUUAUAGCCACCGUCCCAACAUUAUGCCGAGUGAAAGAAUGGCUCUGCUAAGCAGAAUGACGAAGAAACAUUAAGACCAGCCAUGUCCCUAUCUGAGACGGCAUCAAGGGGCACUCUGUUUAUGCCACUGUCCAAGGUCUCGUGUACAUCUUUGGCUAGCUUUGGAGCCUGGAUACAUAACGUAGAAAAAAGCAGCAUUAUGUUUGGACUGCAUACAUUCAUUAAUGAUGAAGUUUGUCUUUACGUGAAGCCUGAGUAAAGAUGAAAUUUCUUUCUUUAUUUAUAACUUUGUGUUUACCUGCACCUGCGUACACACGGUAGAUUGCAUAAUGGCAGCUGAAUCUCCCCAGCGACUCUAUUUAUCUGCUUGGUGUGGUGGAGAGUGACGUUUGGACGAUGCAGCGAAACGGAGGUGUCGCAGGAAACGGCAGCCAGCCAUGGGUGUUUCGGCGGGUUCGACUGACAUGGCUCAGUUUUAUGCUCUUUUUCAUUUUGGUCUUCUUCCCACUCAUUGCUCAUUACUACCUCACCACGAUUGACGAUUCAGGUGGUCCGGACAAACGCAUUUUUGGCCCACGACCUGGUGGUGAACUGUGUGAGGCGAAACACGUGCAAGACCUUUGCCGUAUCCGAGAGUCAGUGAGUGAAGAGCUGCUUCAGCUGGAGGCUAAGAGGCAAGAGCUCAACGGUGAAAUAGCCCGUCUUAACUUGCGGAUUGAAGCCUGUAAGCGUAGCAUCGACAGUGCCAAACAGGACUUGUUACAACUCAAAAAUGUCAUCAGCCAGACAGAACACUCUUAUAAGGAACUUAUGGCUCAGAAUCAGCCAAAAUUAUCUUUGCCUGUUAGAUUAUUACCAGACAAAGAUGAUCCAGGACUUCCUCCUCCAAGGUCUGCACAAGCCUGUCGCUUGCAUACUUGUUUUGAUUAUGCCAGAUGUCCACUUACAUCGGGAUUUCCAGUCUAUGUGUAUGACACAGGAUCGUAUCCUUGGGGAGACAAUAUUGACCCAUUGGUCAAACAAGCCUUUGCAUCAUCUGUUAAAAGCAGUGUUUAUGUUACAGAUAAUCCAAAUAUUGCUUGUCUUUAUGUGGUGCUUGUUGGAGAAAUACAAGAUUCCUCAACCUCUCCCACUGACUUGGAAAAGCAGCUAAAAGCAUUGCCGUACUGGAGGUCAGACGGUCAUAAUCACCUGCUGGUUCAUCUGUCCAGAAAGUUUUUAACGCAGAACUUCUUGUACAAUGUAAGUACAGGCCGGGCAGCUAUAGCACAGUCUACCUUUUUUCAACGGCAGUACAGAGAAGGUUUUGACCUGGUGGUGUCCCCACUGGUCCAUGCUCUCUCUGAGCCCAAUUUUUUGGAGGUACCGCCUCAGGUUCCAGUAAAGAGGAAGUAUCUCUUUACCUUUCAAGGAGAGAAGGUGGAAUCUCUCAGGAGUAGCCUGCUGGAAGCACCACCACAAUCUUUUGAGGAAGAAAUGGAGGGAGAUCCACCAGCUGAUUAUGACGAUCGCAUCAUUGGCACUCUUAAAGCGGUACAAGACAGUCACCUAGACCAGGUACUUGUGGAAUUUACCUGCAAAAACCGACCAAAGCCCAGUUUACCGACUGAAUGGGCCUUGUGUGGGGAACGCGAGGAUCGUUUAGAAGUGUUAAAAGCGUCAACAUUCGCCUUGGUGAUUUCCCCAGGCGAUGGGCAGCUUAUAGCAUCUGCAGGGUGUAACAUGCGCCUGUUCGAGGCCCUAGAGGUUGGGGCAAUCCCUGUGGUUCUUGGCGACCACUCAAAGUUACCUUAUCACCAUCUUGUACGCUGGAGUGAGGCAGCUAUAAUGGUACCCAAGCCUCGCAUCACAGAGUUGCACUUUCUUUUAAGGAGCUUAUCAGACAAUGAUUUAUUGGCCAUGAGACGGCAAGGUCGAUUUCUUUGGGAAACGUAUUUUUCCACAUCGGAGAGUAUCUUCAAUACCAUUCUGGCCAGUAUCCGGACCAGCAUACACAUACCAGCAGCCCCCAUAAAGGAGGAACCUGCCCAGGAGAUUCCCCACAAAGCUGGAAAGAUGGCAGGUACAGAUGCCAAUUUGGCUGACAAUGGGGACCUGGAUCUCGGUCCAGUAGAGACAGAACCCCCUUAUGCAUCACCUAGGUUUUUGCGGAAUUUCACCUACACUGUAUCGGAUGUCUACCGGACCUGGAAUCGUGCUCCUGGGCCCUUCCAUCUGUUCCCCCACACACCCUUAGAUCCUGUUCUACCUUCAGAGGCAAAGUUUCUAGGUUCUGGAACUGGUUUUCGCCCCAUCGGUGGAGGUUCUGGAGGCUCUGGAAAAGAGUUUCAAGCUGCACUGGGUGGAAACGUGCCACGAGAACAAUUCACAGUGGUCAUGCUGACGUACGAACGAGAGGAGGUACUUAUGAACUCUCUGGAGAGGCUAAAUGGCCUUCCUUAUCUCAACAAGGUGGUGGUAGUUUGGAAUUCUCCCAAACCGCCCUCAGAUGACCUCCUCUGGCCAGAUAUCGGGCUGCCUAUUGUGGUGGUGCGGACAGAAAAGAACAGUUUAAAUAAUCGCUUCCUGCCCUGGGAUGUCGUGGAGACAGAGGCUAUCUUGUCUAUUGAUGAUGAUGCCCAUCUCCGACACGAUGAAAUCAUGUUUGGAUUCAGGGUUUGGCGAGAGGCCAGGGAUCGAAUUGUGGGCUUCCCAGGAAGGUUUCAUGCCUGGGACGUCAACCACCAGUCUUGGCUCUACAACUCCAACUACUCUUGUGAACUCUCCAUGGUGCUGACAGGCGCUGCUUUCUUUCACAAGUACUACGCCUACCUGUAUUCCUAUGUGAUGCCCCAGGCCAUCCGAGACAUGGUGGAUGAGUACAUCAACUGUGAAGACAUCGCCAUGAACUUCCUGGUGUCACAUAUCACACGCAAACCCCCCAUCAAGGUGACGUCUCGUUGGACGUUCCGCUGUCCUGGCUGUCCCCAAGCGCUGUCUCACGACGACUCGCACUUCCACGAGCGCCACAAGUGCAUCAACUUCUUCGUCAAGGUGUACGGUUACAUGCCGCUGCUCUACACACAGUUCCGGGUGGACUCCGUCCUCUUUAAGACUCGGCUCCCGCACGACAAGACCAAAUGCUUUAAGUUCAUUUAGACGGACCAAAAGAGGACAUCCAGACACCUCGUUUUCCACACAGGAGAUUUUAAUCUGACACGAGUCAAAAGGAAGGGACGACUACUAAUACUACUACGUAAAAGCAUUCGAUUUUAGUUUGUGUGUGUGUGUGUGUGUGUGUGUGUGUGUGUGUGUGUGUGUGUGUGUGUGUGUUCGUCCCAUCAGCAACCACUACUGGUCUCAUUCCUACCACUUUCAACGGUCUUGGAAAAGAGGUGGAUAAGAGGCGGGACACUUUAAUAAGGUUUCAGACUGAAUACUUUUAAGCUGACAGAAUGACAGGAAAAGACACGGGCAAAGGCUUCUUGUCGCAUUGCACUCUUUUAUUUUUUAACUCAUUCUACAUUUAUAAAUCUAUAUAUAGUGUGUUUCGUAUGCAAGAGCAGAUAUACUCUUGUAAACGGCAAGCACAUUUCUGCAGGUCACAGAAAUUUUAUUUGUGUGUGUGUGUUGUGUAUGCACGUGUGUGUGAGAGAGAGUGAGUGAGCGAGCGAGAGAGGAAUCUUGAAAGAGGAAUUUCAAAAGAGGAAUUUAACGUCUCCAGACCUCACUGACGAAAUAGCAGAAAUGAAAACACUAUGUGGUCGUGCGAGCGCUAAUCACUCUAAACGCUCUCUUUCCUGAGCGUCGUUGUUAGCUAGGCUCGGACAGGCCGCGCGUACGCUCUCGCUUCUUAGGCAUGUGCCGAUAUCACGCUCUCAUUAUCAGAAUAAUCGUUUAAACUUUUAUCGUUAAUGAUGUCACAGCUGUAUGAAAGAGAAAGGAUUGAGAGACACUCCACCAUGUUUUUAGAUAUUAGAUUUAAUUAAGGUGGCUGUCCUGGAUUGAUUAGUACUGCUGGAUUAGUCUUGACUCGGAAUGCUGCCGAUUUACGCCAACUGCUUCGAUCGAAUGUAACGGGAGUGGCGGUCAUUUAAAGCUUCUGUAAGAACAACCUACUGCACGUUGGGUACAUAAGGAUAUGUUCAUUAGCCCCCAUUUUCACGCUAGCUGGCUAUCAUGUACAGUAAUUUAAAUAACUUUGGCUUCACAGAGGAAACAGUUUAACAGUUGUUGCUAUGAUCAUAUCUCUAAAUCGCUACCUCCCUCUAUUACCGUUACUUACGGUUUUGACAUUUCUGCACACUGUGGCCUAUAGAUCAUUUUGUGUAGGUCCACAUCAUUUCUUUCUUUCCUUUUUUUUUUUUCCACUCAGCAGGUCAAUAGUGUAGCGAAGCAUGUAUUGCAUUUACAGGAGUAAUGAUUUUGUGCUCAAGACGUUGCCAGACUCUAGGAACUCAAACGUUUUCUAGCAAGUUCCACUUACAAGUGUGCCGCCGCGUUAUUUACAGUACAAACAUGACUGAAAAGGCAGCAGCCACACCAACGGUUAAUCAUUUCCUAAUGUCGCCUACAUGACGAAUUUAGCUAGAUCUGCAAACCUGUAAGAGGUCAUGAUGCUGGGUGUGUUUUCCAAGCUGUCAUUUUGGAAUUACUGUAAUUAACAUACGAGCUGAGGACACUGAUACAGCCAGGCUAAAAUUGUUAUUUAUGAAUACCGGUAUGAGCGUACCAACGAUGAGUAAUGAAAAGGAACUAGAAUUAAAGGUCAAGUUAAAUGCUCAAAGACAAAACGAUCAGAUUUAAAAAAACAAAACUUUUUUUGGAGAAAUACAAGGCAUUUAAACUUGAGUCGCUUUACGGUCAUGUCUGGAUGCCAUGCAUUUCUUUAGCAUUCCACAUUUUACAGUAUUAUCUUGAUAACAGUUUUAGAUGGGUAAACCAUAUUUUAGUGGUGGCACGGUGGUGCGCCAGUUCCGUUCUGAUCUGUUCAUGUUCUCAAAAUGCCUGUGUGAAUUUCCCACAGGUUCUCCACUUCCCUUCCAGUUGGCAGACUUCUAAAAUAUUAAAACUGACCUUCUUUUGCCUUAUUGCAUAAUAUUUGCGGUUGGGUGACACCCUGUCAUGGUCACUUAGACAUGACAUGGUUCGUAUUCUCGCCUCGCAUCUCCACGGUUGAGGGGAGUUCAAUGCUCACCUCCAGUCUGCGUGCUACAGAGUUUGCAUGGAAUGGUGAAUAAGUUUUAACCUGCUGAUCAGAAGGUCAUGAGUUCAAACCGAGUUACUGUCAAGCUGCCACAGUUGGAAAAAUAAUAGAAGAAAUGACCAUGCAUCCCGCCGCCGAUCAUCAGCACAUGCCUAAGCAGCACACAGGUUUUUGUCCUUUUUGUUUUAUCUCUGAUUUGUCCAUCUCAUAUUUAUCAUGUCCUUUGCUCAAAAUAGUUGAGGUGAAGUUGUCUGAGUGAAGGCCUCAGGUCUGAAUACUAGCACAAUUCUGAAGAUUUUCAUGCUGCGUCGAAGUAAUGCGUAAGAAUUACUGGCACAAUCUGAACUCUUUGUUUGCAAACGGUACUUCUUUUCUUUUCUUUUUUUUCCCCGAUCAUUGAACUGUUCAAUUCGAAAUGCCUCCAUGAACACGAACUGAUGUUUGCAUUACGAAGCUCAUUUCUGUCCUCAGACUGUAUUGUGCUGCAUAGAGGUUUCUACAUUUGUAAAGCCAUUAGGUGUUUUCCUUUUUUUUUUAAAUAUAUGUUAUUAUAUGUUUCAGAUCAUGGCUACCUUUUAGGGAACCUUUUUAUACACUUAAUGACUGUAUAUGUAUAAAUUUGUUGAGGUUUAAGUAAUGUAUAUGUUUUUUUUUCUCCUCCACUGUAUUGCCACUUGAGCAUGAAGAUUGGGGAGGUGAGGAAGUAGAAGCACAGAAAUCUGACUGACAGACUGUAUCAUUAGUGUGAUCCUCGUAAACACUAAUAAACCAGCCCGUGCCAUUUGUGUCCAGAA